CUCUCAUCACCUCUCUUGACAUGCCUCUGGGAGGGAGAACAGAGAGAGCAGCUCCUGUUGCACACCCCUUUGACCAUGUGCAAUGACAACAACAACAGUGAUAAAACUGCUACCUAUCCACACAGCUCAUUGGUGGAUUAAGUUUGAGUCCCUCUGGUUGAGGCAGAUGACUGUCUACGAUUGUGUCUGGUUCCAUAUAAGGUGUUUACCAUUAAAAGUAAAGUCAGCCCAGCCGUGUGGAGCUGUGGGUUGUUGUUUGUUGUCAGGCCAGCUGUAUGGGGCAGUGGUAGCUGUCAGAGACUGAUCUCCUCUCCAUGGCCUGUCGCUCCUCUGGCUCUGGCUCCUACACUGUGGUUAUCAUCCCCCUCAGGACCAGCCUGUACAGCCUGGACGCACUGCGCUUCUACCUAUGGAUUAAGCGUCUGAAGGAUUUAGAGAGGGAGAAAGACGCUCUGUGCUCUGGUCUGGAGGUCCUGGAGAAGGCUCGUCACUGGUAUCUGCAGCGGCUGGGGGAGAACAGAGCCAAACAGGACGACAUCGAGACCACAAGUGAGGUCGGACCCUGCAAGGAGGGUGCAGAAGAGGCUCGCUCUUGCUUCCUCAGGUCUUGCAUUCAGCGGGUGAAUGGCUCUCUGGGAACUGUGAUGAGUGAGCCCAAUGUCACCAGCAGCAGCAACCCUUCUCUACCUGAUGCAGUGGCAGACAGUGACCUCCGGUGGCAUAACACGGUACUGACUCAGGAAGUGAGCAACAAGAAUCGUCAGAUCUCCUUGUUAGAGCUGGAGAAAGAUGCUCUGCUGGAACAACUCAAUGGAUUACAGACACAAUGAGUGCAUUUCUUCAGGUACAGAUGAGCACAUGCACUGUACAUGUUGCAAACUUUUAUCAAAUUGUAAAUAUGUAUUUAGAUAAAUAAAUUACUGUGAAACAUGCA